GUGUUGGAGUGCUGGCAAUGGACAGACCGCACGAUGGUGGAAUGAAGGAGAGACGAUAACUAGAGGCAAAUAUUGGUACAUGUGUCAAGGCGGCCGACUUGAACCACGUGGAUGUGUAACCGAGUCAAAUCGCAUGCUCAACAUCGGCUCUACAAUCGAAGCCGGAGGUUACGUAGCCGUUUGUGAA